AUGGCAAAACUACUUGUAUAUCGUCCACGAACAAUACAUGCCGUUAAGAGUUUUCGCAAAGAUCUACAAAAAUCCUAUAAUCCAACUGUUAAGAAUCGAUUACGACCACUACUCAACAAUCUUAAACAAAAAACUACAGUUGCUGCUGCUGCUGCUGCUCGCCAAAUUAUUCAUCUUGUUCUCGAUGAAUUUAAACGCAUGAAUAAGGAAGAAAAACGGAUCUAUGAAAGACAACUAACACUUGGUUUGGAAGAUAAUGACGUAAAAUCUUCAAACACAAUUACAGCUCAAUUAGUUCAUUAUGCUCUCUAUCUAUUAAAAAGUGACAAUGACAAAUUAAUGUCACUUAUCUAUUCGAUCAUUUUAGUCAUCUGUAAAUUAGGUGUUCAUUUUAUCUUUCGUCAUGAAUUAUUCAAAAGCACCCCUGAAAUAUAUACAUUAAGUUUAUUGUUGAUUAGUACACAACAGUAUGCUCUGACACUUUCUGGACUUCGACUUUGUGUCACUAUUCUCAACGGUGAUGAAAUUGAACAUAAAUAUGCAUUGGCAUAUUCACAACAUGAUACCUCUAGUGUUCGAAAAAUUUUAGAUGCAAUCAAAUGGUUAUUGUCUCCCUAUAUAACACUCAAAAACUUAUGGAAAAAAGAGAAUGAUGGUUCUGCGAAAGAGAAAAACGAAUUAGUCUUAAAUAGUGCAGAAAGUCUUUGUUUUCGUCAUGCAGGCAUUUUACUUGAACAACGUUGCCUACGCAAUCUCGCGCCAUUAUUUUACGGCUCAAAAGAGAAUUGUGAACAAGUGACAAAAGAUGACAUUCACAACUUCGUCGAAAUCAUUGGUAUUUUAACUAAUAGUCGUAUGACUCAUUGGAAUCGAGAUGAAGACAAAUCUUAUUUCUGUCCAAUGCUUGUUAGUCAUCUAUGUGCACUUCUAACACCCAUUCUUUUUUAUGCCCCACCUUCCGUUAAUCGAGCAUUGCGAAAUGAAGAUCAUCGUUUGCUGACCAUUCCUAAAGUUAUUCCUUUCUUGCUCGAAGCGAAGAAAGCUGACGAAGCUAUGAUAAAUACAUGUAUUCGAUUUUACACACAUUUUGUUCAGUUGAAAUGUAAAGAAGUCAAAGUCGACAAUGACACUGAUGAUAAUCAAGAAAAUGUACAAUUGUCUGAUGUAAAAACAACUGGAAAGCUUAACGAGCCACCGAUCUUCUUAAAUCUUUCUGAAGAUCUGAUUUCGUCAUACUUCGAUUUAUAUCGUCAAAUUCGAGAACAAUGCUUAGCUGACGACAAAUGUGCACAACAAGAACAAAUCCAAAGAUUACUAGGAGAAGAAUGGAAAAAAUUGAACACUGUUCAACUGCAACAUGAGAACGAACAACUUAAACGUGAAAAUAUGUCACUCAAAGAAGAACAGUCACGAUUGAGAAAUGAAUUACAGCGCACUCACGAGGAGAAAGAUCGGGUUAAUAAAGAGUACAUACAAAAGGCUCAAGAAGUAGAUCGUCUCAAACUAAUGCUUACCACUGCUAUACAUACAGAGCCUCAACAACCAUCAAUUUCUCUUCCUGUUGACAACAAUAAUGAAGAAAAUUCAUUCGAUGAUUUAGAAAACCUUGCGCCACAUGAAAUUACUCCGGCACAAGCAGAACGAUGUAUCCGAGCAAUCUAUCUUCGACGAACAAGAUUCAAUGAUCCAGACAUGCGACAGUCUAUCUGUGGAUCACUCAAACAUCUUGGUUCUGAUCUGUACAGUUCACCGGUGCACUUUCUACAUGAACUCAUUCAGAAUGCUGAAGACAACUUUUAUGAUGACAAUGUUGUACCAUGUCUACACAUUGAACUUAAUCACAAUUAUAUUCUCUUGUCGAAUAAUGAGCGAGGUCUUCGAAAAAAAGACGUAUUAGCUAUUUGUAGUGUAGCCGUUAGCACAAAAACAACUCAACAAGAACAGAUUGGUGAAAAAGGUGUUGGUUUUAAAUCAGUUUUUGCUGCAUCAAAUGAGCCAUUGCUUAUUUCACACGCUUGGCAAUUUCAAUUUCGUGUACCAGGUCAUGAUGCUAUGUCAUACAUAAGUCCAUUAUGGAUAACAAAUCAAGAUAUCCCUGAUUGCAUUUCUAGCCAAAUUUCAACAUCCCGUCAAGAGACUUAUCUUUAUCUACCGCUGAAAUUCCAGGCGCAUCCAUCGGAAACCGAAUCAUUCCUUAAUCAAGUUAUUAAGGCUGUAGAUCCCUGUAUUUUACUCAAUAUGCGUCGCUUGAAAAACCUUGAAAUCAUUGAUAAAAGAAACGAUACACCAAUAUUCAUUAAAAAAGAAUUGAGACAUUCAAUAAAACUAGUAGGACAAUCAAAUGUGACAUUUGAAGAUUUCUUAUUUAAUGAUCUCACUGGAUCUGUCGUCGAACUGUCCAUUUCAUCAGAACGACGUACUUUUCGAGUGUAUAAUUGUUAUAUUGAUAUACCAAAUUCGAUUGAACAACGAAAAUCUUCAAGAACACGACUUAUUAUAGCAUUUCCUUGUGAAAAUGAUUAUUAUUUAACUAGCACAGUUUAUACAGGUUUACCAGUUUGUGAUCUUGGUUUUAAUUUUUUAUUCAAUGCUGAUUUUCAGCUAGUCACAAAUAGAGAAAAUGUCCGAGAAAAUGUUCCGGUUAAUGAAUUUAUUCGUAAUCAUUUAGCAGCCCUAUUUGUCUACCUUUUACUGAAUGAUAUGGAAUUAAGAAAAGAUAUUAGUCGAUAUUGUCCAUCAACCAAUACACGUCAACUAAAACAUUCGACAUGGUGGCAAGUGAUGGUAGACGAUAUUAACAAGUUAAUAACUAAAUAUUUUUCGGUUUUAUUGGGUACUGAGAAGGGUAAAGAAAUUCGUUAUUUCAAUACAGAUAUGGCAGCAUUAGUAUCAAAAGAACAAUUGCAGAAUUGUGCUGAUAUUCAAGUAAUUGACUUAGAUACUGAUUUUUUUACAGCUGAACGUUUAAAAUCUCUACAUAUUCAAUCAGUUUCAAUAAUAGAUAUACUUAAUUGCUUUCCAGAUCGAGAAGAAAGAGCAUCAAUCAAUGAAUUCCGUCAAAAUUUUCAACUAGAGAGUCAAAAAAAAGGUGAACAAUGGUGGUCUCAACUUUUUCACUAUAUUAGUCAAGUGAUGCCAUCAGAUGUGUUUAAAAUAAUGCUGCAAAAACCAAUUUUUCUUCUCAAUAAUAAGCAUCAAAGGCAACAUCUCCCAAAAUCUGCUUGUGAGAAAUUAUGUCUCUAUAUUAGUGAUAAUCCAUCAUUCCGAAUGUGGAAAAGACAACUUAUACUCUUGCAAUACUCUUCAGAAUUUGAAAAAACUGCUCUUCUCAAAUCAGAGCAAGUUCAACCUCUUGCAGAAGAAGACCUGAUUAAAAUCAUUCAUCGUCAUCAUUUACAAUUAGCUGCUUCAUAUUUUGACACUGAUGCUGGUCUUCAAGUUAUUGAAGAAGUAUGGAAAGACUUGUUUUAUCUGAAAUCUCGUGUACAUAAACUCGAAAAAUCUACCCCAUUUGUCGUACCAGUUAAUGGAACAUCGAAUUUGACAAUCAUUCAAAAUGCAAUCUUACCAACAGUAUUGGGAGUCGAUAUUCGCUCAUUUAUGUAUUCAACAACUACGCCUAUUAUUUGUCUCCCUUACUAUAACACUGAUCGCGAUCAAUUGAUGGAUAUACUUCAAUGGGAAUAUUUUUUACUAGAAAUGGAUUGUCAACGACCUUCGCUACAUUUGUCUUCAGACGAUAGUAUCACUAAAUUAAUACCAUUACCAUCAUUUGCGAUGUUUACAGAUGAAAAAUGUGCUCUAUUGGCUGUAAGGAUUAUGGCUGCUCACACAGAUCACACAAAAGAUUGUCUUCGUCAAUUUCCUAUUAUGGAUGAUUCGAAGAUUGUACAACAAAUUAGUCGAGUUUCAGAUACAUUCGAUGAAAAUAUCGUUCGCAAUUUGCCAUCAUUACCACGUAUUGCUGUUCCACCACAUUGUCGUGCAUUAGCAAUUGUUCUUGGUGUUCGUGUCGAAUACGAUCUUCACACAUGUGUCUCUGUUUUAAAAUUGUUAAGUGAUGAAAAGAAUACCAAUGUCGAUCUAUAUACUCAAUGGUUAGGUCAUUUGCAAUUGUAUGUCCUUCAACAACAUGAUGAUUUUGAUCGAGAAAGCUUGCUUUCAUCAUGUCAAAUAUAUCUUCCUGAUCAACAAAACUUCUUUCCAUUAAACGAUCUUCUGAUUGUACCAGACAAUAAAGAUCAUCCAAAUGGCAACUUAUUUAUUUCAAAAUACCUCAAUUUACAAUGGAUUUCGCCAUCAGUCAAUCAAAUUUAUUGGCAUCUAAGAGAGCUCUUUCAUAUUUUAGGUUGCACAUGUGCAGUUACUAUUGAUCACAUUUAUGAGACAAUUUAUCGAGCAAAUCAUGAUAAAACUAACUUUUUUGCUUUGGGUGAUUGUACAACAACUCUGACAGAGAAUGGCAUGGAAGUCAUGAUUAUCCUUUUUCAAUAUCUAGAUGAUUUAAUAAUGCAAUGUGUUAAACAGAAUAUUAAAGAUCAUGAUUUAUAUCGUACAAUUGUGGAGAAUAAACAUCAGACAGCACCAUGUGGUAGUCGAGAGGAUUUACAAUGGCGUUUUAGUUUGAGCGGUGAAUCCAUCUCAACAGAACUCAAAAAACUGACUGGAAUAAUAUUGCAACAAAAGAAAAUUAGUCUUCCAACUAUUGAUCGACGACUUGUUACAAAAACAACGGAAAAUAUUGUUUAUACAGGUUUAGAAGUAACAAUCGUUCAAAAUCUAGCAAAAGAUAUUGAUAAACGUUAUUUUAUUUCGCCAUCGAUUACUCGAACAUGUCCAUUAGUCAUAGCGACAUUUGACAUUGAUUACGUUGAACGACGAGGUAAGCUUGAAUGGGAACAUACAAAUAAUAAUAUGGAGUGUCAACUAACCCAAUUAACUGAUAUCUUUCGUAAUGCCGUCGAUGAUUUUGAAUUGGAAGUUAUGACAGCAAAAUAUGCCCGUGUAAACUUACUUCUUUCCGAUUAUUUCGUUAUCGAUUCAAUCGAUAAACAAGACAAAAGUAAAAUCGAUGAAUACAUGGUUCUCACGGAAUUUCCCUUCUGGAUAUUUAACAAAACUAUUCUUCUUUGUGCUGACUAUGAAAAGUCCAUUACAACAAGAGCAACUAUUGCAAUAUCUGCUCUUACUACUUUAUUGUAUAAACGAAAAUCCAUACCAAUCGAAGAAGCUAAGGUCACUGCUCAACAAAAGAUCAGUGCAUGCACAGAGUUUCGCUCAAAUCGAACUGCACAUGUUGCUGGUGCACAGUCGAGCAUUUAUUCAUACACUGACGUUCUCUUUCCUGCUGAUCACCGUGCUAUUGAGUCGAUGACUAUAUCGAUUGGACGUCCUUGUACUACUGAACAAGAUUUAGAAGAUGAUCAAACAAUUACUGAAGUUGUUUUAGAUCGAGUAGCUGAAAAUCGAGCGGCUAACGAUCGAGUUUAUCGCAGUCUAGCUCGAACACAAAAUCAUAAUUCUCGAAAUGAUAACAUGACAAAAGAUUGGAUUGACCCAUUCAUCAUUGAUACUAAGAAACAGACUGAGAUCUGUCAUAAUGCAGAGCAUUUCUUUUUUGCCUAUCUCCAAUAUCUUUAUGGAUCAGUAGAUGUGACAGCAACAAAAAAUUGGCGAUCAUCAUCACGACUUGCCACUUAUCCCAACAAUCGACGUAAUAUCGAUGAUACUGUUGGUUUUGAUUUUGAAUUACAUGAUACACGUCAAUUAUUUACUCGUACCUCAAAAUCAACAACCAAAAUAUGUUAUUUUGAAGUAAAAGACGAACCAACAAGUAACAAUAAUACAACGACGACUCUUUAUGUUCCGCCUCAUAAACGGGAUCGUCAUCAACGGUCAAGGGGGUCAAACAACGAAAAUAAUAAUUAUACGGCAAACCGUGCAUCAACAAAUAGAGAUUAUUCAUCAUCCAUUAGUCGUUAUUCAACUGAUGAUCAUCAUUGGCAGCAACGACCACAACGCGCAUCAACGAAUAAGGAUCAUUCAUCAUCCAGUAGUCAUUGUUCAACUGAUGAUCAGCAUUGGCAGCAACAACAACAACGAUCAAAAUGGUCUAACAACAGAAAUAAUAAUAUUACGACACAAUCUGCAUCAGCGAAUAAUAUAAAAUCAGUCUCUACUCGUCAGCAUCAGCAACGACAAGGUCAAACAUUCCACUCAAACGACGACAAUAACCAUAGAUAUCAUCAACAGUCUCAUAACAAAAAGUGGUAG